AGCGCUUGCUCAGUAGCCACAGUUCAUUCCGCGCUUGGCAGUCGGGCUAGACAGUUGUUUCGUUAGUUUUGAUUUGCGGGCGAUUUACUUGUAUUUGUUUGAUAAAAAGGAUAGUGCAAAGCUAAACUAAUUAACUAUAAUUCAACUCAGUGGGAUUUUAAGUUCUUAAAGCGAACGACAUCAUUAGUAACAACAACAACUAUCACAUUUCAGCUUUUAAAGUAACGAAUAGAAAAUAGAGCGGCGAACCAUUCACUUCUCUCCAAUCGAAGAAAUCCACAGAGGCGCCCAAAUCUGUUAUUAUGAAGCAAACCAAAGAGCAACUUGCCAAUUCCGAAAUGUCGGAACACAUUUUGAAAAUUGCAAAACGUGAAUUGCGCGAAGACAAAUGUACACGCGAGCAAAGUUUGGAACAACUGCGUAAUUGGAUACUGAAACAUGAAGAUUUGCGCGAUGUCCGCCUCGACGAACAGUUCCUAUUGCGUUUCCUGCGUUGUAAAAAGUAUAGUGUGCCCAUGGCUCAGCAGACACUACUCAAGUACUUGAAUGUGCGACGCACUUUUCCACACAUGAGCACACAGUUGGACUUUCUGGAGCCAAAGUUGAACGACAUAAUAAACAGCGGCUACAUUUUUGCCUCACCCAAACGUGACAAGAACGGACGUCGUGUGGUGAUAAUUAACGCCAAAGGCUUCAAUCCAAAGAUAUACAGCAGCAGUGAUCAGGCGCGUGCACAUUUUCUCACCUACGAGUGCCUAAUGGAGGACCAAGCCACACAGAUCUGUGGACUUAUACACGUCGGUGACUUUGCCGGUGUCACCACAUCGCAUGUGACGAAUUGGAAUCCGACAGAAUUUGCACGCGUUUUCAAGUGGAGCGAACAAUCGCUACCGUUGCGUCACAAGGAGAUACAUUUGGUGAAUGUGCCGGCGACACUGAAAUGGCUGAUCGAUUUCGUGAAGGGGCAUGUCAGUUCGAAAAUACGCAAUCGCCUCGCACUGUACACACACGACAAAGAACUGGCGAAGCAUGUCGAUCCGGCUUGCCUGCCACAGGAACUGGGCGGUCAAAUGCCUUUGAAGGCGAUGGUCGAAUUGUGGAAGGACGAAUUGGUCGCUAAGCGCGAGGAGAUACUCAACCUAGACAAGAUAGCGCUCUUGAGUGAUCGUGGCAUAUUGCGGAAAAGUAGUUUCAACGCGGACAAAACCAACAAUGGAAUGAAAUUUGUGACGCAAAUCGAGUCGAUUGAGGGUAGUUUUCGUAAACUGGAUUUCGAUUAGGAUUAGGAUUAAGUCGUCUGAACGUUGUACAGGCGAGGAAGAGGAAUGAAUUUGAAUGAGUUAAGCUCACAGGUGCUGUGUUGAUGUGCGUGAUGUGUUAAUUUACAUUACUUAAAAUAAGUCUUAUAUUUUGUAAAAUAAUAAUUUCAUCUAUUUAGCUUGCGAUUAGUAGAGUACAUUAUGGAAUAAUAGCGCCGAGAGGCAUAUGUAAAUUGUACGCUUUGUAUCACAUAUUUAGUAUUACAUAUACGAGUAUAUAUACUUACAUACUACGCAUAGAAAGCAAAUGUAUAUUACAUACAUACAAACGCAUUCUCGUUUAGCACACAUACACACGUAUGUGUGUACAUGCACUAUACUUAUAAAUAUAUCUAUAAUUAAGCGCUUUGUUGUUUUAUGUAACUGCGCAACAGCUAAAUAAAUGAUUUCCUUAUUUCUUAAAAUA